AAUUUCUUUUCUUUUUCACCUCCCAAAACCUUCAUCCGCUCUUGAGACGUCACGUGACACCCUCCAAAACCCUAACAUCAAGGCACACCUCACCAACAUUCAUACACGACACCAUUGGCUCACGCACACCUCACUUCACUCACGGGGAAGAGAACAGGAGAACACAUACACUACGAAACAGAGAAGGGGAAGCGGAACGUGAUUCUUCUUUCUUCAGAGAGGGGCAAUCAAAAAACCCUAACGCCACUGCCUCACGAACGCACAGUAGCGGACUCUCACUGCAGUAUCAGUCACGCCAGUAACGGGUUUGCAGCGUUGACUCAUUAUCCUCGUGUCCUCGCAAAUCCGACGAGGCCGUCGUUGCGGGAGUUCAGAUCUUGUAGUCAUCACUUUGGCCUUAUGAAGGGCAUACGCAUGAAGAAAAGAUUGAAACACAUGGUGGAGCCGGAUAAAAAUUGCCAGACUGGGAUUGAAGAUGUUGCUUGGCUUUGCUCCCUUCAAGAGUCUGAGAUUGACAUGCUGGUUGGCUUGAAAUUGUUGAUCAUUCAGCGUGCAAAAAUGAUAGGUUGCAAGAAGAUGGCUGAUAAAUUCAACCUCAAAAUGAUUCGAGCCAUUGCACUUGUUUUGAUGGAACAUCUAAAGUCACAGAUAAAGGAAUCAUCACUUAUAUCCAAUACAUCAGCUUCAGUUUUAGAUGCUUGCAACCUAUUGAAAUGUAACAAUGAGGUUAAUGCAAAUAUUGAAGAGCUAAAUACAAGUCUUGGUGCUGAUAUACAAACAUUUAUUGAAAGUCCACCAACAUUCAAACGAAAGAAGCAAAAAGUUCAAAGUGAUGAAUGAAAGGUUUGCGGUUAUCGGAGGAUUCAUAACUGCAAAGUAACAAAGAUUUCUAGCUUGUCUUGAUUUAAGUUUUGCUUUGGAAGUUCUCAUUUAGAUUUUCUCCCCAAUUCUUGAAUUAGCAUAGAAGAGUAAUUAAUUAGGCUGCUCAUAGUGUCAGAUGGGGAUUUUGUCUUUCAUUUCUAAAAUGUAAUUUUAAAUACUCCUUAUUUUUUAUAGUGCAAGAAAUUUAUAUAGCAACAUAGUUACAAA